GCGUGAUUGUCUGAUUGUCAAUUGAGAUACGUUGUUGUUGUUGUGUUAGUUUGUCAAUUUGUUUAUCUUUGGGAAUCAAUUUGUUCUUCAGAGAAUUCACCUGUUCAAUUUGUUUAUCCUAGUUUCUUGUUUUCAAGAUUUUCCCCUUCCCAUGGAUAUUGAGUAACUGUUACGGUUUGUCUGAGGUUUUUGGGGGCAACAUUUUUUUUGCAAUUAUUUGCUGUGUGGCUAUUGGAAAACUGUUAAUGAUGUAUUUAGAAUGGAGUGCUAUUUGGAACAUGAGUAUUGUGAUAUCAGUGUUGGAUGGUGUAUAUGGUAUUGGAGCAUUCAGAGUUUCAUACUUCUUCAGCAGAGGUAUGAAUGGAUGCAGCGUGUUUAAAUGCUGGGAGGCUCUGUCAUCUAAAUUUCAAUUGGCAUGGUGCGGACUAGAAGUGCAUCUUGAAUUCAUGAAGCUUUGUUAUACAUUGUUGGGAUUCAUUAGUGAUAUUCGGGACAUGGUCUUGACAGCAAUAUGAUAUGUGGCUUUUAAUUGUGAGGAUCUAUGUGAGAAGAAGGUUGAUAGUUUUGCAGGGUUCAUUCUUGGGCAUUUGGCAGAGUUGCGUUAGCUUAAUUGGUUGGUGAAUUUCCAUGGCUGGAAUUGCUGGUGUUAGGAAUUAGCUUUGGCAUUUGAAGAUGGUAUAGACUAUAGUGCUCCUUGGAGGGAUCAUAGUGGGCAUAUUUUAAAGUGUAGAGUUGAUGCAGAAUGGCUGCAACCAGGCCUCGAGCAAGUAGUUUUUCUCGCAAUGUGUCAACUGUAACGUCUUAGAAUCCGGGGCUCAAGCAUGGCCCUAACGGGACGAUGUUCAUCUCAUCUGGGAUUCCGGAUCUUGACAAGAUUUUAGGUGGUGGUUUUUCUCUCGGUAGCCUUGUCAUGAUUAUGGAAGAUGCUGAGGCACCGCAUCAUAUGCUUCUAUUGAGAAAUUUUAUGUCUCAAGGACUUGUACACAGACAGCCGCUCUUGUAUGCUAGUGCAUCUAGAUACCCUAAAGGAUUUCUCGGCACUUUGCCUAGCCCAGGGACAUCGAAAGAUCUUGGCCAUGAAAAGGAUCUGAGAAUUGCUUGGCAGUACAAGAAGUACUUUGGUGAGCCUCAGCUAAAUGUCAACUCUAAUAAUGGUGGUCAGCACGAUUACUGCAAUGAUUUUGACUUGCGAAAGCCCUUGGAUAGGCAUUUUUUUGGUGGCAUGAAUGUAGAUUGUGUUAGCUUCCAAGAUUCUCCAAACCGUGCUACUCUUCAAGAUCGUUGUGCUGGAUUUCUCGCUCAAUGCUCAAGAAAUGAAGGCGACACUUUCUCUGCUGGUCGUAUUGCAAUUCAAUCAUUCUGUUCUCCACAGUGUAAAUAUGCAAACAAUGAGUGGCAUAUUCUUUCCUUUAUUAGGUCACUAAGAGGCAUGACCCGUUCUUCAAAUAUUGUUGUUGUUGUAACAUUUCCACCUUCACUUCUAUCUCCAUCUUGUUCAAAAAGAUUGCAGCAUAUGGCGGACGCCUUGCUAUCUGUCAAAGCAAUUCCAGAUGAGGACAAGGAACUGGCGAAACUCCUCACUGGUUACCAAGACAUGGUUGGGUUUUUAAAUGUGCAUAAAGUUGCACGGUUAAAUACACAGGUUCCUGUGAUUCUUGAGGCCACAACACUCUCAAUAAAGUUACAGAGAAGCCCCGGUUGACGGUUCAAGCGGGAGUUCGUAUGGCACAUCGGGUGGCUGUUCUGGGUCAACUAAAGCUGGGUCACUUGAUUUUUAGAUUAUACCUUGUUUAUCACUUAAAAUUGCACCACCAUAUAAACCCAGCAAUAGUCUUAGCUCGUGAAA